AUGGCGAUGGCGGGUUUGUACAGGCGUAUUCUCCCUACUCCUCCAGCUGUCGAUUUCGCGUCUUCCGAAGGCAAGAAACUCUUCACAGAGGCCAUUCACAAUGGGACCAUGGAAGGUUUCUUUAAAUUGAUUUCUUAUUUCCAGACACAAUCUGAACCUGCAUAUUGUGGUUUGGCUAGCCUCUCAAUGGUCUUGAACGCCCUUGCCAUUGAUCCUGGCAGAAAAUGGAAAGGGCCUUGGAGAUGGUUUGAUGAAAAUAUGUUGGAUUGUUGUGAGCCUCUGGAGAAGGUGAAGGAUAAAGGCAUCUCAUUUGGUAAAGUAGUAUGCCUGGCGCAUUGUGCUGGAGCUAACGUUGAAGCUUUUCGUACGAAUCAGAGUACCAUUGAUGAUUUUAGGAAAUAUAUUAUGGCUUGUUCAAGUUCAGAUGAUUGUCAUGUGAUUUCGUCAUAUCACAGAGGAGCAUUUAAGCAGACUGGAACAGGUCAUUUUUCACCUAUUGGUGGAUAUCAUGCUGGAAGGGACAUGGCAUUAAUCUUAGAUGUUGCAAGGUUUAAGUAUCCUCCUCACUGGGUUCCACUUGGCCUUCUUUGGGAAGCUAUGGAUACCGUGGAUGAAUCGACUGGACUACUCCGAGGGUUCAUGCUUGUGUCUAGGCGGCAGAGAGCACCGUCUUUGCUUUAUACCCUGAGCUGCAAACAUGAGAGUUGGACCACUACUGCAAAAUAUUUGAUGGAUGAUGUCCCGGUGCUGUUAAGUUCAGACAACAUUAAUGAUGUCAAGAAAGUCCUCUCCACCGUUUUCACAUAUCUGCCUUCAGAUUUUGCAGAGUUCAUUAAAUGGGUAGCCGAGAUUCGUAGGAAAGAAGAUGGGGCUCAAAGCCUAAGUGAAGAAGAAAAAGAAAGGCUUACUACCAAGGAGGAGGUUUUGAAGCAAGUGCAAGAAACGGGCCUUUACAAGCUAGUGAGUGAUAUUCUGUCUUCAGAAAAACUAGUCUGCCAAAUGAAGCAAAUUUCAUGCCACCAAGACAAUUUAUCCACUAUUGCUGCUAACGUGUGCUGCCAAGGGGCCGGGAUUUUGACUGGGAAACCAGGCCCAUCAUAUAGAUUCUGCUGCCGGGAGACAUGUGUGAGAUGUUACAGAGCUGUCAACAGUGACAAGCCUGUCACAGUAGUAUCCGGUACAGUGGUCAAUGGCAAUGGAGAACAAGGAGUUGAUAUGUUAGUCCCCUCAACUCAAAUGGAACAUAAUGGCUGCAGUUUGGGGUCGUGUGGUAAUUCUGGCAUGCACCCGGACAGCAAUGAUGUGCUUACAGCACUUCUACUCGCAAUGCCCCCAGAAACGUGGUCCAACAUUAAAGAUGAGAGGAUUUUGGAGGAAAUAUCCAGCUUAGUGUCGACCAAGAAUUUUCAUCCACUGCUUCAAGAAGAGAUAUUGCAUUUGCGAGGUCAACUACUUAUGCUCAAGAGGUGCAAGGAUAACAAGGUCUUAGGUGAAGUAGCUGUAGGUACAUCCUACAGACACAGAUUGGGCCUGAAUUUUCUUGGAAAUGAUGCAGUAGCAAUACCACUCAAGAGGUUAAAUUUAUACGCAAAGCGUCCAGAAAAUUAUUCAUUAAUGCCUCGCCGAGGUUUAAUCUCUCCCGGAGUAGGGAGACCUGGCAUGGAGUAUUCAGUUUUUUCUGCUUCAAAUUCAAGGGGAUCUAUGAUUGCUUGCCCCUUAACUUCACUAUUAUAUAGAAAACAGAAUUUUGGUUUGGGACAUCCCCCUUUUCUAGUUUAA